CGGAACUCUAACGUGUUAGCCGUAAUCUGCAUUAGUCUUAAACGAAGCUGAUGAUUAGUGCAGAACGUAAUUUUUUUAAAAGCUUUAUUUCAACUUUAAACUGGACUACAUGUAAGAACUGCCAUUCAAGUAAUUUCUUUUGAGAUCGCUUUAUUUAUCAUAAGAUAACCUUUUCACUAGCUGGAAUUCUGCCACUGUUCAGUUAAUAUUCAGACAAGUUGAAACAUAGAAAUCUGAAGAACCUGGACAUUCAGCCAUAAAUGCCAUCAGUACCAGAGGAAUUAUUUACCUAAAUGUAAAAUUUUGUAGGGAGAACAAGUGGGAAUAAACCUUUUUUUUUUUUUGUUUUUAAUUUCCAAAAUUACCAAGAAUAAAUGGAAUUUGUUUUCAGAAUCUUUAGAUUAUAUGGUGUAUACUUUGCUUUGUAAUGUAUACCCAUAACGAGCAGUAUAUUUCAUAAAUAAACAUGUCCUGGAAAUUAGGUUAAAAUAUGCUGUGCUUUCAUUUAACUACAGAAAUUUUUUUUUUCUAAUUUUCAUGUUGAAGACAAAGAGCAAUAGAAAUUAUUUUUAAUAAAAAAAAAAGCACAACAGUUAGCUCUUAGAAUGGUUUUUAAUUUGCUAGUUGUUUUACCAUAAGACAAAUAGGGUAUAAGAAUAUUGCUUAAUUAUUCACAUACCAUUCAUCUUGAUUUUAAAACUUUUCACUGUACUUCAAAGCAAAGCCACUUUUGCUUUCCAGUACAGUGGAAUGAUUUCAAUUUUUCAUUCUGCAUUUCAGUGAAAAAUGUUAUCAGGGUGUAAUAGGUUUGAGAAUUUACAUUUCCUCUGAGGUAGUUUUAGAAUGGAUAUUUUCUGUGCAGUAAUGAAAAAAAAGCAGACUAGUGUUAGAUUAUAGGAAAUGUAUUUGAAGAUGUCGAACUACAUAUAUAAAGUUCUUCAUUCAAAUACCACUGGUAAAUAACUUUUAUCAGUAAUGAAAUCAUGUCGGGUGGACAGUUUUGGAAAACGCUCGAAACAUUCAACUCAGUAAAUACUAUCAGUUCAUGAUGCAUACAUUUACAUUUGUAUAUACUUAGAUUAUACCCAUUCCCUUCAGAAUUUUAAUGCCAACUCUUAGCUCAUCAAUGGACAUGAUAAAUUUUGAAUAUCAGUUUUCGACGAAGAGAAAGAUGUACAAGUUGGUCAUUUCAGAGUUUGAUAUUGAGGAAAGAACUCAGUAUUUACAGAGGAGAAAAAAAAAAGAGAGAGACAUCAAAUAUGAAAAUGGGGAAACUUCAUUGUUUAUGAAAUUUCCUUAGUUUGAACAAGGCAAGAUCAUAAAUAUUAUUUUGGAACAAAUAUAUGAACUGUAAUUCUUUUGAGAUUUUUGAAAGAAACAGAGGUCUAACAGAAUUGAAAAUGUCUGUAAUCAUUCGAUUGCAAGGCCUUCCAUGGUCUGCUAGUGCCAUGGACAUUCGGCAGUAUUUCCAAGGAUUAAGUAUCCCUGAUGGAGGUGUACAUAUUGUCGGUGGAGAAAGAGGUGACGCUUUUAUUGCAUUUGGGUCUGAUGAAGAUGCGCGGCAAGCUAUGUUACGCACAAACGGUCAAAUCAAUGGAAACACUGUACAGCUAUUGCUCAGUAGCAAAACCGAAAUGCAGAGUGUGAUUGCUUUAGCCAGAGAAGCUGUGCCUACCCAAGCUUUCAGCAAACCUGCUCCUGCUGCACCCCCAUCAACAGGACCACCAACUGGUCCUCCUCCUGGACCCUUAAAUGAUCAUAUACGUUCAUUAGGACCACAAAAUCAUACAAAUUUUAUUCCAGAUAGAAGUGUUCCUCCACCAAGAAACAUGGAUUAUCCCAAUAGGAAUUUUCCUUCAGUCCCUACAGAUAUUCGAAGUAAUAUACCACCACCAACAACAAACACUGUCCCUGGAUUACCACCAAUGCCUGGACUGCCUCCUGAUCCUAAAUUUGGACCAAAUCUGAUGAAUCCAAAUAAUCGAGAUCCAUACUUUGUAUCACAAGAGCCAGAUAAUAACAUUAACAGGCCGCCAAUGGAUUUCCGCCCCCCAGAAGCACCAAAUGAUUUUGCUGUUAAUCGUCGGCCCAAUUUUCCACCAAACCAAGAUCCUAGAAUGGAACAUGGUGCAAAUGAUCAAAGGCACUUUGGAACUGCAAAUGUAAAUGCACCUCCUGGAGGAUUUAUGAAUGUGAGAGAUGCACAUUUAAAUUUACCCAAUUACCCUGUCCCACAACCCAACAGAAAUAUCCAGAUCCCAAAUCCUCCAUUGCAGCCUCCUGAUAUAAUGCCACUGGGUAAACCUCCUGGGCCAGAAGUGCUGCCUCCUUAUCAUACAGAACGUAAAAAUGAAUUUGAGACCAAUCAGAAUAAUAUGAGGCCUAAUAUUCCAGUUCAUCAUAUGCCUCCUGCAAAUAUUAACAGACCAGACCAAAACAGACCUGAGUUUCAACCGCAUGGUCCUCCACGACUUGAUAUAGUCCCACCAGUGGCAAGAGGAGAUAUGUUAAAUCAGCUUAAUCAGCCUCGUACAAAUGACUCAACUAACACUAAUCCAGAUCCGGCUCACCCAAUGAACUACAUGAGAAACGAACCUUCAAGGCCUGAUAUGGUGAGACAUGAUCAAGGACGUUCUGACCUUGUGCACCUUGAAGCCAACAUGGGAAGACUAGAACCAAACAGAGGUGAUGCAGGGCGUCGAGAUCCUCCAAAACUUGAUGUUGGGCGCCAUGAUUCUGGUAGACCAGAUUCAGGAAGAAGUUAUGGUGGAAGACAUGAAUCCAGAUUUGACAACCCACAUCCUGAAGUCAACAGAACUGAACAUGUCAGGACAGAUCAAGAAAGAACAGAAUCUCUAAGACUUGAAACUGGAAGAAUGGCUGCGAAUAGAUCUGAAGCUAAUCGGCCAAGUAGCUCUGGGAGAUCUGACAUCUCUAAAGUUGACCAAAACAGAUCAGAUUCUAGCAGGAAUGAAGGGAGUAAAACUACAGAGUCUAGCCGUCAUGAAUCAAGUAGAAAUGACUCAAAUCGAUCUGAUUCUGGUCGCCACGAUUCAAAGUCUGACUCUCGCCAUGAUUCCAGGUCAGAGUCAGGUAGACAUGAAUUUAACAGAUAUGAUUCUGGUCGCCAUGAUAGUCGACAUGACCGUAGCCGCGACGAUGGUGGUCGAUAUGACAGGCAUGAUCGGGGAAGAGAUGAUAGCAAUCGCUAUGACAGAAGAGAAAAUCGGAGAGAUUCAAGAUAUGAUAGCCAUUAUGAUGGUGGUAGACAUGACAGUAGGUACGAUGGUGGGCGUUAUGAUAACCAGCAUGAUUCUGGAGGUCGCUAUGAAACUUCAAGAAACGACUCAAGGCACGAUGGUGGUCGGGGCAGUGACAAAGCUCCUUUAAAUAGAGGAGUUGGUACUCGAGAUCUCGAUCGAGGUGGACGGGAUAAUCAAACUAAAACUGAUUCAGGAGGCUCCAACAGACAGUCUGUAGACACAUACAAAAAUACUGGUCCAGGAGAAAUGAAUAACAACAGAAAAGGACGUAUGGAUAUGGGUGGAAAUAUGAACAGAAAUAAUAGAUCCAAAAAUGAUUAUGGAGCUGAUGGUAGAAGAGGAGAUUAUAAUUAUGGCCAAACCCCACCUAGAGAUCAAGGAUUUCCAGGUUCCAUGCCUGGCUUUGAUGGGCAAAGAUUUCCUGACAGACCUUUAGGUCAUCCUGAUUGUCCUCCCUUUGGUGAACCAAAUAUGGGUGAUGAUCCUAAUAUGUUUCAAGGUAAAGAUAAAAUGUAUGAAGAUCCUGACAUGAGUGGAUUACCUAGAGGUCUUUUAGGUGAUGCUCCUCCUGGGUUUUUGCCUGGCCAACCUGGCCCACCACACGACAGUCAAGUCAACUGGGGUGAUGAUGGCUAUGCCAUGAGAGAUGAUCGGAUUCCCGGAGAAAGACUUGAUGAUUUCCGUAAUGAAUGGCAUGAGGAAGAAAUGAAUAUGGGCCCACACUACUCUCAACCUGGUUCUUGGAAUGAUAUGCCUCCAAACCAGCCUCCAUACCACAGAAAUGAUGGCCCACCACCUUUCCCAAGAAACGAGCCCUAUGGAAGGUAUGGCAGCCCAAACAGAAACGAGAGAGGAGGUCCACCUGGUCGAAUGCCAGGAUCACUUAUGGACGAUAGAAAAUAUGGACCUCCUAAUGAAAUGAACUUUGGUUCUGGUGAUUCUGGAAAUAGACGGCCUGGUAAUAUGGAUGAUAAUUCUAUGCGUGGUAUAAAACGUGGGCACUGUGAACCUGAUUUGUUUGUUGAAGUAGUUGGCCUACCUUAUAGUGUUGGCUACCGUGAUGUUCGAAGAUUCUUCUCUGGAUGUACCAUCCCUCGAGAUGGUUUGAAACUUAUCAAUAAUGAAAAGGGGCGGAGAGCUGGCAAUGCAUUUAUCAAAUUUGCUUCUGAGCAAGACACAGCAGAAGCAUUCUCACGUCAUGGAAAUUUCAUGGCAAACCGAUAUAUAGAAAUAUACCGGUGCUCAAUGGAGGAUUUUGAAAAUGCCAUUGAUUCCUUUGUACCGAAAGCAACUCAUGGGCCAACCCAAGCUAAAAUGAUGAAAAGUGAUAAUCUAAAUGAAAACCCUUCAAGGGAUAUGUCUAGUACAAAACCAAAUACAAACAAUGAUAUUCCUCCUCUGGUUAAAUCUAACAAAGAAACAAGUGCAAACGCUGCUGAUAACACAUCGUCUUCAUCAUCAUCAUCUCCUUUCCCAAUUAUUCAAAUCAAAGGUAUUCCUCUUAAUGCAACAAGUGAUGAUAUAGUAAAAUUCUUAAAAGAUGUUCAUAUUUCCAACCCAAGCACAUGUAUUGUAAUCGAACAUGAUUCCCGUGGUAAGAACACUGGUAUUGCAUUUGUUGAAGUAAUGUCUCAGAAAGACUAUGAAGCCUCCCUCACAUACGAUGGACGUCACAUGGGGGGAAGACUUAUUCGUAUUGUUGAAGGGAACAAGAAAGAUAUGUCACUUUUACUAGAGAAAGAGAAAAAAGGGUCAUCAGAAAAAUCUUCCCCUAACAAAAAUCAGAAAGAUGUUUCAAAAGCUGUUGGGAAAACAGAUUCCAAAACUGGCAGUGGUGAUAAAAUGGAAAACAUAGCUUCUAAAAUAUCUGAAGCUAAAGCUCAAGAUAAAAAGUCAUUAUCCAGCAGUAAUGGGAAAAAAAAUGAAACUCUCACAUCACACCCAGUCCCUUAUUAUUGUGUCAGUCUAAAAGGACUUCCUUUUGCAGUAACUACUAACGAAAUUAAAGAAUUUUGUCAGGGUUUAAAUAUUGCACCUCGGGGUAUCCAAAUUGUUUAUGGAAAAGAUGGCCGUACAACUGGGCAGGCUUUUGUGGAAUUUGUAACAAGUACAGACUGUGAAAAAGCUGUUGCUCGUGACAAGAAGUAUGUAGGAAAGCGUUAUGUUAACGUUACUGCAGUUACAAAAGCUGAAAUGAUGGACUGUUUGAAGCAAGCCAGGCAGGCUAAUAUGCAAAACAACACAGAAACUUCUAAUCCUCCUUUUAUGGUUCAUGGUGGUAAACAGUAUGAGUAUGUUAAGGGGGAAAAUUUUCCUCCUUCAGUGUCUAUUGGAGAAAUUCUGAACUUCUUUAGGGGUUAUUACCCAGUGCCUGAGUCAAUUCGUCUCCACUAUGCUGAUGAUGGCAGACCUACUGGUAAUGCUAUGAUAGGAUUUCUUACGAGAGAUGAGGCUUUAAAAGCUAUGGAGGACUUAAAUCAUAAGCUGUGUAGAAAAAAUGUUGUCACAUUGCGUAAGGCAUGAAAAAAGAAAAAAAGAUAAAUUGUGUAGACUGUUUUUCUUGACUCAAUCAAGGACUGAGUACUCAGUUUUCAUGCUUUAUAUCUAUCUUGUUUAUGACUCAAUAUUGUUAGCUAUGAAUUUCUCAGAACAGAACAUUCAGUGCAUAAGGAAACACUUCUGUUUUUUUAUACCAUUUUCCUUUCUAGUUAGGUUUAUCCAAAAUCUAAACCAUUACCUGAAACAAAAGUAAAACUACUUCGAAAUUUCUUAUAUGUUGCCCUUUGGUGGUUCAUAGGAAAUGAUGUGAUCCACCUUUGCAUUAUGUAUGAAACAGUUAAGCAGUUGCAAUUUGGCCUUUUUUUAAUUAUUUUCCUACCUAUUGUUAUCUGAGAUGAUUUUCAAUUCUCUCAAAAUUCCUAGAAUCCUUCAUACAAUCACAAAAAUUUUAGACAAGAAAAAUUAUUGAAUGAAGGGAAUCAAGAGAAAUUUUGAACUGUAUGAGAGCAGCUGUUAUUUACCUUUUUUUUUUAAUAAUGAUAAUUCCUGUUCUGGUAACAGUCUCCUUCGUCUGACUUGGCUGUAGUUGAUGAUGCUACCAAAAUCUAAAUACAGAUUUAUUAUCGAUUCUUACCUUACAUUAAUUACAUUAAAUAUCACUCAGACAAAAUGUGUAUAACAUGUCUGCUAGGGCACUGGUUUUAUUCAUAUAGCUGCUUUUUUUAAUUAUUUAUUUUUAUAAUGUCAAAAGUUUGGUCACCUUUUUUCCUCAACAUUUGUAAAUAAGAUGUCUAUACUGUUGAAAAUAGUAUAAUUAACAUCCUGAUCAUCAGUAUCAUUACCAUUGUCAGUCAUCCUUGUCAUCACCACCAUCAUCAUCAUCUUCAUGUUUAUCAUUUUUCUUGAUCACUUACAUUAUACCAGCUUUAAACAUUCACAAGUCACUGACUGAGCUAACAUAAUAUUGAGUCAUAUCAGGAUAGAAAUUAAAUUUGGAGAAGAGACAAAGACAGUUUAUGGCAUGUUUUUGUUAUAUAUAUAUAUAUAUAUAUAUAUAUAUACACACACACACGAACAUAUAUCAACAAUUCAACAUCACCAUAAAGACUCUCCUUUCCUCUCAUCUUGAAAAUAACCAUCACCAAAAAUGAAUCUAUCAAUAAUCAUUCAAUCAAAAUAGCAUUUUGUGGAGGCGAAAAAUCCCAAACCCAGCUUGAAACUGGUGAAGCUGAGGUGAUAAAUAAAAAAACAGUGAGCGUAUGGAUUGGUAUUUAUGAACUUUGUAACAUAACAUGUGGUAGUAUUUUGAAAAGGACUUGACAGAACAGAAGAGAAAAAAUAUAAUAAUGAAGAAAAAAAUGUUGGUUGUUUUUUUUUUUUAAGAUCUUUGUACCUACCAUUGUUAAAUAUGCAACUUUUUUUUUUUUUUGUAGUAUUUGUAUUUGUCUGAAUUUAUUUUCAGACCCUUCAGUUUUAAAAGGUAUUGUACAGUUUUCCUUUUUUAGAUGUCCUAUCGGUGUUAUGUUUGGUGGCAUACACAGACUUAAAAAAACAACAACAAUAAAUGUAACUGCAAUGAAAAUGAGAAAACAAAAAACAAAUUGCUGGUGUAAAUAAUUGCAUAUUUAUCCAUUAUAAAUUUUGGUACUACAAAAAAAAAAA